AUGCUCAAGCUUCCAUAUACAUCUGUCAACUGUGAAGUGUCCGGGAUUGGAAAUAUUUACUCUACGAAAAGGGUGAAUCUAUCGGUUCAAUCUCUCUAUAAGUCUUCGAUUAUGCAAAUUCCUUGUCUCGUUAUCAGCAGUCUUCCAAUUGAAAUUCCAUCUGUGCAGGGACACAUUGUAAGUGUGGCGACCCAUCUACCAUUAGCGGAUCCAACGUUUAAUCAACUCAGCUCUGUCGAUUUGAUUUUAGGCUCAAAUGUUUUUUGGAACGCUCUGUUGCCUGAUUUUAUACCGGCCAAUAAGGAUUGUCCGCGCUUGCAAAAAACUAUUUUUGGAUGGGUUGUAGGCGGCUCCCCGACAACGGACCAUCAAGAAGUGAAGUCCAAAGAAUCAGCACACUCGAGAAGAUUUGCGGGAUUCGUAAAAGAAUCAAUCCUCAACAAAACAAUGGCCCAAUUUUGGGAUAUAGAGAAUGGAUUCCUAGAAUCCGACAAAUGUGGAAAGCAGGAAUGUGAAAUCUUGUACGCCAACACGACUACUAUCGGGACAGAUGGAAAAUUCAUCGUCCGUUUACCUCUGAGGGAAGAUCCGACUGUGCUAGGAGAUUCAAAAAAAUUGGCUUUGAGAAGAUUGUAUUUAUUGGAGAGAAAGUUAGAAAAAAAUCCAGUAUUGAAGAAAAUGUAUUGUGAUUUUUUAACUGAAUAUGAAGAAUUAGGACACAUGAGCGAAGUCCCGGAUUCGGAAGCGGCCAACUUCCCAGCAUAUUAUAUUCCGCAUUUAGGAGUUUUGCGACAAAAUUCGCUAACGACAAAAUUAAGAGUGGUAUUCAAUGCAUCUGCGAAAUCCUCAUCAAACAAAUCUUUGAAUGACAUUUUAAGUGUUGGCCCUUCCGUCCAAGACACGCUCUUUGAGAUCCUUUUGAGAUUCAGAGAGUUUCCAGUAGCUGUAGUCGGCGAUAUCACAAAAAUGUACCGACAAACGUGGAUUCAUCCCUCACAAAGAGAUUUGCAACGAAUUCUGUGGAGAAAGAAUCCAAAAGAACCCGUAAAAAUAUACAGAUUAAACACAGUGACUUAUGGGACUGGACCGGCAUCAUUUCUGGCAACACGAAGUCUGAAAGAAGCUGCCAUUAGAGGCAAACCGAAGUUCCCCAAGACGGCAAACAUACUCUUGAAACAGUUUUAUGUCGAUGAUUUUUUAGGAGGUGCAAACGAUAGCGAGUCGGCCAGAACACUAAAAGAAGAAUCGGAGGAAAUACUUGAACCCUACGGAUUAAACCUGCGCAAAUGGCAAUCUAGCGAUCCUGCUGUAUUAACUACAGAAAUGCCAAGAACGGACCCGUUUUACUUCGACAGCAGUGAAGAAUCAAAAGCGCUGGGAGUGGGGUGGAAGCCGAAAGAAGACUACUUUUUCUUCAAAUCAUCGCCUGAGUUCAACAAAAGUGGUGCAUUUUCCAAACGGACAAUACUGUCUGACAUAUCCAAAUUGUUUGACCCCCUCGGACUAGUUAGUCCAAUAAUAGUAAAGGCAAAAUUUUUAAUGCAGAAAAUUUGGCUCGAGCAAACGAAAAAUUGGGACCAGCCAGUGUCCAUUGACAUACUUCAAGAGUGGAACAAGAUAAGAGCGGAUCUAACAUUUUUGGAACCAAUCACCAUACCCCGCCGUGUUUACACGAAUCAUAGUGACUGUGCUCCUAUUUUUCAUGGCUUUUCUGACGCAUCUCAGAAAGGGUAUGGAGCUUGUAUUUAUGCCUCUACGUCAAUAAAUCCGCAAUCAAGCACAGAAUUCCAAUCACGCUUAAUUUGUUCUAAGUCGAGAGUGGCGCCAAGCAGGAAAGCUCAUACUAUCCCUCGUCUAGAAUUAGCGGCAGCUGUGCUCCUGUCUGAUCUGAUGUGUAAAGUCAAUGAAGCAGUACAAUCAAAGCCUCAAAAAAUUGUACUUUGGACAGAUUCAACCACAGUUCUCCAUUGGAUCAACAACUCUAAUUCAAGUAAAUGGCAAACUUUUGUUUCUAAUCGCAUCAAGAAAAUUCAAGAGACGACAACAGCCUUGAAAGCUGUUUGGCACUAUGUGCCAACGAAGGAUAAUCCCGCAGAUCUGAUUUCGAGAGGAACAGAUGCUGAAAGCUUGAAACUUUCAACAAUUUGGUGGAACGGACCAGAUUUCAUUUCCACUGGCGAAUCAAAAUGGCCUGAUCAGUCGAAAAUUUUGACACCAAAUUCGGAAGGAAAUGAAGAAAUCAUGCUUUGUUCAGCUCUGAUAAAAACGCCUGAUGAAGUCACAAAUCUUUUAAACAAAUUUUCCAGCUUGAAUAAGAUACUACGAAUUCUAGCAUAUCUAUUAAGGUUUAUUAACCGUUGCAAAAAUGCAAUCAAAGACUCAAGAAAAGAUAACAUCAAAAAGAAGAUGAAUAAGAGUCAGUUAGAACUACCGUCCUUAGUAGAAAUAGAAAAGUCAAGAAACCUUUGCGUGCGCUAUAUUCAGAGAGAAGCAUUUUCUCAAGAAAUAAUGUACCUGGCUAAAAAGUCUGGAAUGGUUCUCCCUUCAAGCAGUAUUAGAUCGCUGCACCCCUUUUUGGAUAAAGACGGAAUUUUGAGAGUUGGAGGCCGUUUGAUAAAUUCUGAACUAACAUUCUCACAAAAACAUCAAAUUCUGUUGCCAGCAAAGCACAGGUUUACAAGGCUGUUGUUUCAUCAAGAACACCUCAAACUUUUACAUGCACCGCCACAAACCUUGCUAGCACACGUACGGCGAGAAUAUUGGCCCUUAAAUGGCCCAACAGAAACAAAGAAAACUGUAAACAGCUGCAUGAAGUGCGCAAGGACUAAUCCAAAACAGUGCUCACAAAUAAUGGCUCCGUUACCAACGUCAAGGGUGACACAAGCGAAGCCGUUUUCAAGGGUGGGUAUUGAUUACACCGGAGCGUUGAACGUAAAAGCAUCAUCCAGAAAAAACGCUAAUGUGUUGCGGACAUAUGUCAUAAUUUUUGUAUGCUACGUGUCGAAAGCAGUUCAUCUUGAAGUGGUUUCUGAUCUAUCUUCAAAAGCGUUUAUUUCUGCAUUUAAAAUAUUUGUAGCAAGAAGAGGAUUACCUACAAAAAUUUUCUCGGACAACGGUAGAACAUUUUUAGGAGCAAGCAAUCACCUUCGAAAACAGUUUGAUGCACUAACAAAGGAUCCAGAUAUCCACAAAUACAUGACAGAAAAUAUGAUAGAAUGGAAAUUCAACCCUCCCAAUUCUCCUCAUCAUGGUGGACUUUGGGAGUCAGCAAUAAAAAUAUUCAAAUCGCAAUUGUAUAAAGUAAUAAGAGCAAGAAUAUUUACUUUACAGCAAUUAACGCAGCUUGUCCCUCAAAUUGAAGCUGUGCUCAAUUCAAGACCUUUGGUACCCUUGUCCAGCGCUCCUGAAGAGUUUGACGUAUUGACGCCAGGUCAUUUUUUAAUAGGACGACCUCUAACAUCUUAUCCUGAUAACACACCUACAAAGCACUCUACAAAAAUUCUACAGGCGUAUGAGGCAAUACAGGAAGGAUUCAACAUAUUUUGGAAGAAAUGGCAAAGGGAGUAUCUCCAACACAUUCAAACAUUUUCCAAGUGGCACUCAAAAAACGAAUCUCCGAAAAUAGGAUCGUUAGUCGUAAUAAAGGAUAGACACUGUCCCCCGAUGUUUUGGAAACUAGCAAGAAUACAAAAACUUCACCCAGGAUCAGAUGGCAUCACAAGAGUAUUGAAAACAGCAACAUCCACACUAGUGAGAGCCAUCACUGAAGUUUGUGUAUUACCGUUAAGUGAUAACUAA